ACUAAACCGUCGACAGUCGUUUCUGAGUCGUGUGUUUGUUUACAUCCUGAACAUCCAUCCAUCUUCAACCGCUCAUCCUGAACAUGUCUCUUUAUUUAACCGUUAAUAAUAUAUUUUAUUAGUUUUAAUAGGUCGCAGGUUGCAGGAUUGUCCGUGAGAUGGAUUUCUGUGGUAAACAGGUGAAGGUUGACUGUGUUGAGCUGCUGAGUCGAUUCCAGAGAACCGAGUCGGUCCGAUUCCAGAUCUUCUCUAAAGUCUGGAGGGAAAUGAGCUUCUCUCACAUCUUCUACGGCACUGUGACCGAUCAUGAGAAGCGAGCGUUCAGCCGUCUGAUUCUGGACACCGCCAGCAGCUUCUUCAUGCCUCCGUACAGCUUCCAGAUCAGAGUGGGAGGACUUUACCUGCUGUACAGCUUGUUUAAAUGUCAGACCGCCUCGCCCUCAGAGCAGAUCCGUCUGUCGCUGAAGGACUGGGAGGACGUGAACAAGUUUGAGAAGGACGCUGUGGACGCUCAGCACAUCGACGCCGUUUACAUCCUCCGACAGCUGAUGUUCCUCAAAGCUUUCAACUUCACUGCCAUGCCCACUCUGCUUGUCUACAAGAAGAAGAGGAAGGUGGAGAGCUCAGCGCCGUGCGAGGAGUUCAUGGAGCGAGCGUCUCGUCCACAGGAGCUGAUCAACAUCGACCUGCUGGAGGAAUUGUCCAACAUUCAUGAGCUCUAUGGGAAGCUGAAGACGUCUUUCACUUCGACGUCAGAGCAGGCGGACUCGUCCGUCAACCUGAUCCGUAAAGACCUCGUCCCUCAGCUACGCAGCACUGUGGUGGAUUUCUACAAGUGGCAGCAAAGGAAGGGUGGUCGUGAUGAAGAUGAAGACAGCGGUGAGGGAACGUCAUCUCAGCAGGCGUGCUCCAACAGAGCCUCGCUCCUCGCCUCCAUCAAGUCAAAGGCCUACGGAGAGGCAGCAGAGGCCCCCAAGUCCCGGCGUCAUCGUCAGGUGGCGGUGGAUGUUACGAGUAACGAGUCCGGACCCUCCAACUCGUCGGGUAACUCCAGAACAAAUAAACCGUCACUCAAAGCCAGAACCUGUGAGAACAUACAUAUCUCAGAUGACGUGUGGAAAGAAGCCACGGCGACCACUAACAUCAACCGUCUCACCACACUGGACUUUGUUCCUGAAGAAAAAACAAAAACGUACCCAAAAUUCAAGUGGUGAUGAAGAAGAAGUCAACCUGCGUCCUGACUAGAGCUGCUGUUUUAAAGUGUUCAUAUAAGUUUGUUAUUGUAAUGAAUUCCCUAUAAUCUGAAAUGUUCUGUAUCAUAGAAAAUGUGAAUGUUUUUUUACAUUUUAAAUUGUUUUAACUUGGGUUUUUUUUAAUCAGUGACUGAAUGUAAACACCUUGACUAACUCCUCAGAGCUGAAGAAAUACCCAGUUUUCUUUUUGCAAUUUUACAGCCAUCACUUGUUGAAAACUGAUCCUGUACCUGCCUCCUAGUCAGAGAAAGUUUACCUUUAGCCUUUUGCAGUAAAGAAAGCAUGCUG